GCAACACGUAAACGAUGGUCAAAAACAAGGAAGCACCUGAUUUCAUUCUGAUGCCCGUGACUUGAUUCGUCAUUGGUCAAACAGUUUGCGCAGGUAAAGGAGUGUAGGUCGAGAAAUAUAAAUAAUGGGGCUAUUUUAUGGGAUGUUUCUUCCAUGACUGCGAGAAAACUCACUUCUUCCUCUUUCCUCAUUUACAGAACUCCCAAGUAAUAGUCUGUCCCCACUCGAAGAUCAAUCAAAGAAAAAUUGUCCAAAAUCAAGCUAAGACCCCCUUUCCAAGAUGAUAAUCACGGACGGCAACGGUGGUGUUAGCGGUGCCACUGUUUCAACUGAUGAUGCUAUUAGCAUCAACAUCAAGUUCGACGACCCCAAUACCAAUAGCUCUAGCGAAAGAGGGUAUGCUAGAAACAACGUCGACACAGUCGACGUGAAGGGAGAAGAAGGGUCCGGGGUCAAAAGUGAUUCCGACGAACACGAGGGUAAAGAUGCGGGUGAAAAGCGUGAAGAGGUAACAAAGGGGGUCGUGGACGAGAUCUUGGGGUUUGAUGCGGGCCUCUGGAAGGAGCUCUCCGACCUUUCCAACCUCCGCAGGAGCUAGCACUCACUCUGCAUGCUCCUAUGUUCGGACAGGCCUCCUUCCAAUCACAGGAGGUUCUCCAGGAGCUUUGCGUGGAAGGUGACUUACUCCGAGAGCUGUAGCUCGAUUUCCGGCCAACAUACAGCCCCGACGUCUUUGUCAUUGCCACUCUUCCGGAUGCUUACGAACACUUCCAAGGACAUCGAAAGACAUGCGGGCGAAGCAACAGCACUUUUCCUUCUGCAGCAUUAGUUCCUGACCAGCAUAUGUUCCGCAUCAUUUCUUAACAAAGCAAAAAAGCAUAUCCCAAACGGAUGGCACCAUCCUUUGUGCAGAUU